GUGACCUUGUCAGUUUGUAAACAAUAUUGUACGAUAGAUACCUUGAAUCGCGUUUAUUAACUAAUUUCUUACUAGUUCCUUUACUAUUUUGGUGCCGUGUGUGAAAAAGAACGCGUUCAUAUAAAAAUGAAUAUUGAUUUCGAAGCCAUGGCUGUUUUGGAAGAGGAGUCGCAAAAUGAGUCCAACCACGGAAGUAGCCUGUUCGGGUCGCUGGGCGCGUCGGGCGCUGAGGGCGGCGAGCGGCGCGAGAGCGGCAAGCGAGGUCGCCGGCCCGGCAGGAAGGCGCAGCUCGACAAGCAAGACAUGAAGGCCAAACUAGAACGCAGUCGCCAGUCGGCUCGCGAAUGCCGCGCUCGGAAGAAGCUCCGCUACCAAUAUCUCGAAGAGCUGGUGGCAGACAGAGAGCGCUCUGUCAUAGCUCUCAGGAAGGAGCUUGAUAAGUAUUACAAAUGGAAUCUCGAGUUGGAUCAGGGCCGCAUGCCCGAGGGGAUAGACGCUAUGCUGCAGGAAAUAGGAGUCAUCAAACAGGAGGAAGCAAAGCCUUUUUAGGUGGCAACACUGUCGAAUACACUUGCAAUGUUGCCAUAUUCCGUAAAUAAUCAACAAUGUUGUCUAAUUUUACUUUUUAUUGAAACUAUUCGAGAUAUUUGGCGGGAAUUCUGUGUGCAUAUUGUACUAACGUUAGGCAUGAUUUUCAACUAAAUAUAUAUGUACUGAUAAAUUUGUACUAUAACUACGAGGGAUGGUUGGGUUAUUAGAGAGAGUUAUUAAUAAAGAGACGUUUUUAUUGUCUUAAUGUGUGGUUUUACACACAGCUGCUUUUUAGAGA